ACUCACAUUAUCAGUAAGCCAGAAUUCACACAAGUGUCAUUGUGUCACUCACUCACAUUGCCACAAGCCACAACUCACAAAGCCCACAAUAUAUACUCUGUAUUAAUAUAUUGACACUAUGGGUGAAACGACAAAGAAGAAAAAAAGAGAAAUUUUUUUACUUGACACUACGGGAGAUUGUCGAACAUAAUGGGAUAUCGCUGGAAAGAAUGGGAGGUCACCGCCGCCUGGAAGUCGUUGCCAUCCACUGGAGGAGUGGAGGUCUAGGCUUCACCUUCGCUUGGAGUAGAGUCGCGAUUAAAUUUUGGUCUUCGCAAGCCAGAAAUGGAUCAGUCAGGUGUGGCAGAUGAUUCUACACUUGGUCAAUUUGUGAAGUCUGUAAAAAAGAGAACAACCAGAUCAGUAUUGAGCUCACAAGCUGCUGAACUCACCCCUGCCCAGGAAGAUCAAGCAGAGCCUUCGACAAGGCAACAACCAGCAGCUGUAAAAAGAAAGAGGGCACCACCACAAAAGCAAGAGAGAGUACGGGACCCUGAUGUGAACUACUUCAGUACACGAAUGGGUCCCAAGCAAAUGUAUGACCUUGUCCAGCGUCUAACACAUGACCAAAAGGAUGCUGUGAUUGAUAUGGGUUUUGGAGGGCUGCUGCACCUACAAUUUUCAAGCAAUUACUCACAACUUGUUGAGUAUCUCCUGCAAAGGUUUGAUGUUUUCAAAUCAGACUUCAUAUUGGAUGGUGACCAUCUACAUGUUGGUGAAGAGGAUGUUGAAUACAUCUUGGGACUCCCCCGGGGGAAGAGAGAUGUUGAGGAAGGUACAAAGAGUGAGGAAAAUUCUACAGCUGCAUAUAAUAAGGUCCUGACUGAGUGGAGGAAAAGAUGGAAUGUCAGGUCAGGGUCACCCAUAACAACAAAGAUGCCUGAUGAAAUAAUCAGGAGAGGUGACCAUGGAGAUGCCUUCAAGAGAGACUUUGUGGUGUUUGCUGUCUCAUCUCUGCUCCGGGGAAAUACAGGAAGAUAUGCCAACUAUCGAGUUAUCAAGUCAUUGCUCAACAUCCGGUCAAUCUCAAGACUUAAUUGGUGCAAGUACACGUACAAUUCUUUAAUUGAUUCGUAUGACAUUUACAAAGACUCUCCUACCAGAUCCUUUGGAGGUCCAAUGGUAUUCAUCCUGCUCUUCUACUUUGACCGAGUACAGUUCAGAGGCAUGACCGUCAACCGCACAUUCCCAGCAAUAAAAGCUUGGACAAAAAGCCUUGUACGCAAGCGAGUAUCGGCUGAGAUAAAAUCAGGGGGUUUUGGUAAGGGCAAAGUUAUCCCUCGAUUUCAGAGACCUACUGCCAUUGCAUCUACAUCAUCACCCCGACCUGCACCUCCUCCUGCUGCAAUACCAAGGCCAGUGUCCAGCCCUGCUGCUACACCAACUAUUCCAGCUCCAUCUGUGCCUCUGACAAAUGUUGACCGAGUAACAAAUGUGCUUCAACGGCUUACAGCAGAUGUCCUUGAGUUCGGUCAGGUCAUGUCUGACAUUGGCAAGCAAGGGGCCCCGGUUGAAAUCAUGAAGAGGGCUUUUUCAGGAAUAUCAACAAUGCUGAGUGCUGCAAGCACAAUUCAACCGACUCCUAGCCCAACUGCCUCGCAAUUGGAUGACAUCUUCUUUGGAAGUGAGAGCUUCACAUCAGCAGUUGAUUCUCUGGUAGCAGCUUUUGAAAAAACAAGAAAGGAAAUGGAAAUAGAAGUCCCAUCAUUUGAGCUACUUGGACGCUCUACACCAACCCCACCACCAUCUCAACAGCAGCCUUUGGACACCUUGGUGGAUAACAUUGUGAGGAGUGCAGGAGUAUCAACAGAGAAGGAAGCAACUCCAUUGCUAAUCAGAGUGCCAUUCGAAAAGUCCACCACUCCUACUACCCCUGCUGCCCAAACUGCUGCUGAGAUUGAUGAAUUUGAUAACUUCCUAGAUGUCUGGUCCCUACGUUUUACAUUGCUGAACAUGCCCCGUGCGGUUGGGGAGACAAAGCGGGUCUACUUCUCCACCCUAGUACAUCUUCAAAUUGAUCCCAAUGAUCAGUGGAUGAAGGAUCUCCCAACUCACAUAAAAAUGAAGAAUUUCAAUGAGAGAUUGAGCUAUGAAAUAACCAGCUUCGGGAACCUAGACAUCAGUGAUGCAGAUCUGAUAUUCUUCGCAGUUCAUCGCCAUGGUCACUACUUCUUGGUCUGCUUCAAUGUGAAAGAACAUAAAGUACAGGUCAUUGACAAUAAGGAGUUACCAGCUGGUGUUUCGGAGAAGGACAAAUAUGGCAACUGCCCACACUUAUUGAUUGAAGCAUUCAGUGGUUACCUUAAGGCCGAGUGCCACUCCUUGUAUGUGAAAUUGCAAAAAGUUGAUAUAAAGUACCUUAAGUUGGACUGGGCAAACACUGAAAACGUCACUGAUUGCGGGAUCUAUGUACUCCGUCAUAUGGAGACAUUCCGAGGGACUCUACAAGACUGGCAGCCAGGAUUCAAGAAAAAUAUGCGCUUGAAUGCAAGCUUCAUGUGUGAAUUGCGAGCGAAAUAUGCUGCGAACCUCAUAAAGUGGAGAAUGAAUGAAGUCAGGGGGGAGGUUCUGCAAGCGGCCAAAAGAGUUUCGAAGAAGAAUUGA